AUGAGUGCUCCAUUGGUUCCCAACAAGUCAUGUUAUACUCAGGUGCAAGACAACAGAAAUGGAGUGAAGAAUAAUAAUGAAAGCGUCCCAAGCUUGGGAGAUACAAAUGCCAACCAAAUCGCCCCCGAGGUCAGCCCCUCUGUUGGUGAGACCAAGAGAUGUGGCCUCGUAGAAGAAAUUGGAAAUGGAAAUAUAGGUGGAUCAGAGACUAUCACCCAAUUCCACAAAGAGUUUCACCAACUUCAGGGUUAUAGGAAAGAAGCCCCGAGCGGCCACAUCAGUCUGAAGGAAUUGAAGUUUACUUCUCCUGCUCUACAUAAGGAUCUGAAUGAGGAGUACACGAUGGAGGAGGCUGUGGAUAUCAUUCCUCAGCUGAUCCAGGGACCAGAGCUGUCCAGUCUGAAAAGUGUUGUUCAUGGGGCCCAUCCAGAGGUUCUUGCCCUAAGUGAUGCUGACAUUAUCCAGCAUGUGUCUAGGGAGAAACUGGCAAAAACCCAAGACAGUGAAGAACUGAAACGACAUUCUUUGGAAAGAGCAAGCAGCUUUCCUGCUAAAAUGGAAGCAUUCACAAGAGAGCAUGCCAGUAGCCUGACUUAUAAACACUUCCAGCCUGCUUUGCUUGCUUCCACUGAAACCUCAUCACAUCAUGGAGCUGGAGGCAUGGAGAAAUCACCGAAGACAUCAGCGGAUCACCUUCUAAGGGCAGUUUUUCAUCCAAAUGACAAUACCUCAGAGGAAAAGAUUGUGUUUUAUCCUAAACCAUCUACCUCAGGAACCGAGGAAACUGUUCUCCCAGAGACCCACGUGGAUGGGAGAAAUCCUCCGAAUAUUGGCAUCGAAAGCACACCCCAUCCUGCAUACAGAGAUUCCCCUCUCAUUUUCACUACAGCACCGGAGAGGAUCUUGAGUAAGCCAGAAGCACAAUUAGGUCAGGGAGAGGAGGGGCCCAAAUCAGAGGUAAAAAAUGUACCACUUUUGCAACCUGGGAAUGUUUGGGAGCAAAAAUUGCCACAGGUCGAAGGCCCAGACUUGCCCAAAGUAGAAAGCACGUUGACAUUGGAGAAGAAAGAAUGGAUGGAGGGAAAAGAGGGAGGAAGAGUCCUUCCCUUCCAAGACCCGUGUGAGGAUGCAGUGGAUCAUGUUGUAAGUCAAGGAAUGACUUUUGCAGAUGGUAUUCAAGUAUUUUCUGAGUUGGGGAGAGGAAGCAGUGACAAUGAGAAGAAGAUAAAUACUCCGUGUGAUGAAGGUUCUGUAGCUGCUGCCCAGAAAGUGGAGUCUGUACUACCUGUUGCCUCAGGGACUGACAGUGAUCAAGUGAGUGGCAAAGGUGUACCAGCCCCAGCUAAGUGCUUGGCUGAAGCCGUACUGGACGGCAUUCCCGUAGCCGAUGGCCACACAGCAUUUACUCCUGACAUUCUCACUGAGAGCAAACCUGUGAAAGUUAAUGAGAAUAAAAGCAUGGUCGUUGGAGGAACCGCCGCGGAGAACAUCGCAGUUUUAGCGGGGGAGCCUUUGGCCCAAACCAACGGGGAAAGCGUGUCCAUCGAACAUCCGAUCCAUCAGGACAGCACUUUAGAAGCCAUGAAGGAUCAUCCGUCGGCCGCCACUCCUGAAAAUAAAGAUCUUCCAGAUGAAGCAGCAAAUGAGAUGGAAACAGUCGCAGGAAGAACGGGUGGCUCUCUCAGCAUCCCCAGAUCAUUCCAUGCAGCGACAACUGUAGAUGCGAACCACCAGCCCACCUCAUCCAACAGCAAUCUGAAGGACCUUUCUACAUUUCACAAUGACACCGUGUCGUCUUCUACCAUCCUACCUCCCGUUGACAGUGCACAGUUAUUGAAUAUAUCUUCUAAAGUGCCUCAUAAGACUGCUUGCAACAGCGGGAUUCCCAAGCCCAUUUUGGUACAUUCCAAGGACUCUCUUCCCAGCCAGGGAGAGAUGGAGAGUGACUUUGUGGAGAGACCCGAAGAGAAGAUGGAACCAGAGCCCAUCAUCAUACCUAAACCGAAACACGUGAGACCCAAAAUCAUCACUUAUAUCAGGAGGAAUCCCCAGACUCUUGGCCAGGUGGAUACUUCACUGGUUCCGGUGGGGCAUCCUUACGCUGCUCCAUCAUGCGGCAUGCCUCUGGCAAAAGAUCAGAAGGCAUCAAGUGGUGACUUGAAACCAGCCCCUACCCUCUAUGAAAAAUUCAAACCAGACUUGCAGAAACCUCGAAUCUUCAGUUCUGGAUUGAUGGUAUCUGGGAUCAGGCCCCCGGGACAUCAUUUUAGUCAGAUGAGUGAGAAGUUUUUGCAGGAGGUUACAGACAGACCUGGGAAAGAAGAAUUCUGUUCACCCCCCUAUGCCCACUAUGAAGUACCUCCAACAUUCUACCGAUCUGCCAUGCUUCUUAAACCCCAGCUGGGUUUGGGUGCGAUGUCCCGGCUGCCAUCUGCCAAGAGCAGGAUUCUAAUUGCAAGUCAGAGGUCUUCAGGUACUUCUCUCCAUCCGCCAGGACCAAUUUCAAAUGCUACCAAUCUCUAUCAUUCUGAUCCUUCAGCUCAUUUUACAGAUGAAGAAUUGAAACAAACAGCGGUUAAGUGACUUGUCCAGGGCUAUACAGCUGAUUUAAAGAAAGCCUCCAGUUCAAAUGCUGCAAGAGCCAACCUUCCGAAAUCUGGACUUCGCCCUCCUGGAUAUUCUCGUCUCCCAGCUGCUAAACUGGCAGCAUUUGGUUUCGUCAGGAGCUCCAGCAUUUCUUCUGCCUCCAGCAACCAGUCAGUGGACAGUGUCCAAAGCGAUCAGAACAAAACAGCCCACCGUUCCAGCUUUGUAAACGAAGACCAGCCUGCUCCGAAGGCAGCUGUGGUUUCUAAAGAUGCACCCAAGGGGACCAGUCGGACCACAACACAAGCCCCCAACAUUGUGACGACUCCCCGUCGGAGUUUGCUUCCUGCACCAAAACCACCCUCCACUCCUGCUGGAUCUAAGAAGGAGGUGCAGAAAGAUCAAGAAGCCAGUAAGCCUGCUGUUUCAUCUCCUAAGAGACUGGCCGCUUCAACUACAAAACUUCACUCACCAGGAUACCCCAAACAACGGGCUGCUGUUCCAAGAAAUGGGUUUGCCACCAAACCAGAUCUACAGGCCAGGGAAGCGGAAAGACAGUUUGUUCAGCGACUGAAAGAAAAAUGUGAAGAACAAUCCAAGCAGCUCAGCUACAUUCAGGGAGAGCUGAAAAGGGCCAUUCGAGGCUUUGAAGUCUUUGCUGUAUCUACUCAACAUUUCUUUGGGAAGAAUGAAAGUGCCCUUGUGAAAGAAAAAGAGCUGUCCAUCGAACUUGCAAACAUCAGGGAUGAAGUUGCCUUCAAUACAGCAAAAUGUGAGAAAUUACAAAAAGAGAAGGAGGACCUGGAGAGAAGGUUUGAGGACGAGGUGAAGAGACUCCGUUGGCAGCAGCAGGCUGAACUCGAGGACCUGGAGGAAAGGCUGCAGCAGCAGUAUGUGGGAGAAGUGAAACGCUUGCAGGAGGAACACCGGCUGCAGCUAGUGAGGAUCAAGUGUCAGCAUCAGGAGCAGGUAGAAGAUAUCUCAGCUACCCAUGAGGCCACCUUGUUAGAGAUGGAAAACAAUCACUCUGUGGCCAUCGCUGUCCUCCAGGAUGACCAUGAGCACAAAGUUCAAGAACUGAUGUCUGCCCAUGAGCUUGAAAAGAAAGAACUGGAAGACAGUUUUGAAAAACUGCGGUUGUCACUCCAGGACCAGGUGGACACGCUGACGUUCCAGAGCCACUCUCUCCGAGACCGGGCCAAGCGCUUUGAAGAAGCUUUGAGAAGAAACACUGAGGAGCAGCUGGAGGUCGCGCUGGCUCCCUACCAGCACCUGGAAGAAGACAUGAACAGUCUGAAGCAAGUCCUAGAGAUGAAGAAUCAACAAAUCCACCAACAGGAAAAGAAGAUUAUUGAGCUGGAAAAGCUGGCUGAAAAGAAUAUUAUCUUAGAAGAAAAAAUCCAAGUGCUCCAACAGCAAAACGAAGACCUCAAAGCAAGAAUUGACCAGAACACUGUUGUCACAAGACAGUUAUCAGAGGAAAAUGCUAAUCUUCAGGAGUACGUGGAAAAAGAAACCAAGGAAAAGAAGCGAUUAAGUAGAACCAAUGAGGAGCUGCUUUGGAAACUCCAAACUGGGGACCCCACCAGCCCCAUUAAACUCUCCCCCACAUCUCCCAUUUAUCGCUCUUCCUCCGGGCCUCCUUCGCCAGCCAAGAUGAGUACUGCUCCAAGAUGACACCACCGCGCAGCCUUCAGAUGCCCCCCAGC